AUGACUAGUGCAGCGGUUGCUGCUCAGCAAUGGUCCCUGCCUCUCGAGGCAAAGCUUGCAUCCCUCCCUCCCACUGAGAAGUUGCAGAACUCAUCCGGUUCCGAAUCAGACUCACCUGUCAAGGUUAUGGCCGGCACGCCUGGUUCUAGUUCUUACCUCACAACUUCUGGAGCCUCUGAAGCUGAUCUGCGCUCGAAGAACGGACAAUGCGAAGAAGCCGGACUGCCGAGCGACGUAGAAUGUUAUGAUGUCGGGCCGACGCAGCGGGCGGCUCAGUCAGGUGUAUCACCAAAUGCAAAUAUACGCACAAGCUAG